AAUGUUAACAUAACCUAAAUUAUGUUACUAAUGUAAAUUUCCUCAAAUAAAUGUAUUUAUUAUGGAUAAUAUUAUGAAAAAAACCAAAAACCAAUUCAACAACAUUGAUGGUAAACCAAUUAAUUUAAAUAUAGUGAAAAAUAACAACUGUACCCUUAUAAGCAUAGAACAUCAUCAUGACAUCCGAAAUUCCGCUAUUUUAUUACUUGUUAUUGUAAUUUUUAAUUUUAUUUGCCUAUUAAAGAAUGUUUUUGGUAUCUUCAUAAUUAGUUCAAUAUUUAUUUUAUCAAUAUUUUAUUUAUUCCUAUUACUACAAACUGUUUUAAGUGAAAAUAUAGUUAUUGUAAAUAAUUUAGGAUACCAAAUAUCAACAAAUUAUCUUAUAGGUAGUAAAACUGCAUUCAUGCCUUAUGAGCUUGUAGAAAAAAUAUUUAUCAACGAAGUUAUUUAUCAUCAGAAGGUGUUGUUUGUUUUAACUGUUAUGAUAAGUGAUGCCUCAAAGACUAAUAAUACUUUAGUGCCAUUAUUUUUGGAUUCCAAACCAAGAUUAGACGUUUUAAAACAAAUUUAUACAUUAGAUUUUGAUGAAGUAAAUGAAUUAAUACAUGAAAUGGUUAGUUUGCAAAAAAACGGCCCAAAAGCGAUUGGAAAACAUUUAAAACAUGUUCUUAAACAAAAAAUGAAACUUUUAGAAAAAGUUGAACUAAACGUAACCCCAACAAAAUUGAAAGAAAUUGAUGUAGAAGAUUUAGAGAUUAAACCAAAUAUGGAUGCUCAGACAAGAGAAAAAUAUUUUGAACAAAUCGAACUGUUAAAAAUGUUGAAAAGGAUGAAGCAAUGUCCAAUAUCACAAAUUAUUAAUGAAGUUUAAACUGUAUUAAACAUGGGCAUGUAUAUGUAUAUUAAAUAUAUUAACUUUAUAGAUAAUU